AUGUCGGUUAAUGGCCAUUUUGCAUCUGCAGGCCAGAAUGGGACGGCAAAUUUUGAGCAUGGUGUUCAAAUCGUCGACGAGGAUAAGCAAUUCAACCCUGAUCUGGCCAAGUAUCUCAGUUACACUGGAGUCUCCCAUGCCGGAUUCAACUACCAUCUCAUCUCCGUCUUCGGCUCGCAGUCGACCGGCAAGUCCACACUUCUAAAUGCCCUCUUCGAUACCGAUUUCUCCGUCAUGUCCGAGUCAGAAAGACGACAAACCACAAGGGGAAUAUGGCUGGCAAAGAACAAAUCUGCAACGACAGAAAUGGCGGACAAUAUCCUGGUCAUGGAUGUCGAAGGUACCGAUGGUCGGGAACGAGGGGAAGACCAAGACUUUGAGCGCAAGAGUUCUUUAUUUGCGUUGGCGACUAGCGAAGUUCUCAUGGUCAAUAUCUGGGAGCACCAGGUCGGAUUAUACCAGGGCGCCAAUAUGGGACUGCUGAAGACGGUCUUUGAAGUCAACCUUCAACUGUUCCUCAAGGACCGAAAGUCCACUUCUCGGAGUUUGUUAUAUUUUGUCAUUCGGGACUUCCUUGGGACGACGCCAUUGCAGAAUUUGCGUAACACACUGAUGCAGGACAUGGGGAGGAUAUGGACCAGCUUGUCAAAGCCCCCCGGGUUGGAGAAGAGCAGCAUUGACGACUACUUCGAUUUUGCUUUUACUGCUCUGCCACACAAGCUAUAUCAACCGGAUCAAUUCAAGGCUGAGGUGGCGAAGAUGGCAACACGGUUCAGAGACGGUCAACGCGACCGCCGAAGAGAUGCAUUAUUAGGCGAAUUUGAUGGUGGCAUCUUCCUUCCAGAAUACCACCGACGAAUACCGGCGGACGGCUUCUCCCAUUAUGCAGAAGGUAUCUGGGACCAGAUCGUGAACAACAAGGACCUAGAUCUCCCGACUCAGCAAGAACUUCUAGCCCAAUUCAGAUGCGAUGAGAUUAUGAGGGAAGUCAUGGUCGCUUUCGACGAGGCGAUCACGCCAUUCGAGACUCAGCAAGCAGACGCAGCAAGAAUGGGUAGAGCGGAAGCCAUCUCUGGACUUGGGGCUGCCAUGAAAGGAGCGCGAGCAGACGCUAUCAAGAAUUUUGAGACUGAGGCCAGCAGGUACCACAAAGGUGUCUAUCAAAGGAAACGAACGGAGCUUGAGAGCAAGAUUGAUACCAGGUUGAAGGUGCUCUUCGCUGGGCAACUUUCGGCCGCGCACAAAGAAGGCGUUGAACAGUUCUCCGAUGCCGUCAGCGCGGCUGUCAAGGCUGGACAAAAGAAAGGAGCUUCAUAUGACUUUGCGGAAAUAGUAAAAGAUCAAAAGAAGAUCGCGCUCGAGAAAUUUGGAUCUGUUGGGAAGGAAGUCACGAUCGAAGGGUUACCAUGGUCGAACUACAAACAAGAAAUGGCCCUUUACCAGAAAGAACUAGACAAGAUUUCUGGCCAACUACGACGGGACGAAAUGCGGCGACUCGCAACCAGGGUCGAAAGAUGGGUCAGGAGCAAACUCAACGACAGCGUCGGCUUGGAGUUCAACGCGCUUGGAUCUGGCCGUGGUGGAACCGGUGCUCCCGAGCAUGGAGAUCGACCGUCAGAGAAGGGAAUCUGGGACCGUAUCUGGUCUUUGUUUGUGGCCACUGUGCAGGAUGCUGAGAAGCGCUUCGCUGACCGAGCCGCUUCCUUUGACGCUAGCGCCGAGGAAGUCGAAGUCGGCAUCUGGAGACUCAGAAGGAAAUCCUGGGGCGUACUGCGUUCUAAGAUUGAUGAAGAAAUGAUGGAAGGUAAUCUCUUGCUGAAACUUCGAGAGAACUUCGAGGACAAAUUCAGGUAUGAUGAGGCAGGUGUUCCGCGGAUUUGGCGCCCGACAGACGACAUCGAGGGCAUUUACACCCGCGCUCGAGAAAGUACAUUGACCCUGAUACCUCUCCUUGCUCGCUUCCGGCAUUCCGAGACGGGGGCUCCACCACCUCUUGACCGGUGGAUCGGACCAACUCCUGCAGCAGCGACUCCAGCUGAUGAGGAGGAUUUAACUCCCAUUGGAGGAGUUGACGAAGAGGAAGGAAAGAGUCUGGAAGAGGAGACGACCGUCCUCAAUGAAGCCAAACGGCAGGACUUGACUGUUAGGUUCAAAAAGGCUGCUGAUGGAGUUUAUGUUGAAGCCAAGCGUAGUGCGAUUGGUGGUAUGACGCAGGUGCCCCUUUACUUCUAUGGUCUCUUGUUGGCACUGGGUUGGAACGAGAUUGUUGCUGUUCUUCGCAAUCCCCUCUACUUCAUGUUCCUUAUCAUCCUCGCCAUCGCCGCUUAUGUCACAUAUACUCUGAAUCUCUGGGGCCCGAUAAUUAAGAUGUUGAAUGCAGCAUCCCAACAAGCUCUCGAGGAAGGCAAGAAACGGCUUAGAGAGUUCUUGGAAGAGAAUCCCACGGCGAGACAUGCGGUGGCAAUGUCCACCGGGCAAGAUGAGUACGAAAUGAGGAAUUUGGACUCGACUCCUGGGGUGAGAAAGGUCAAGACAGAUGGUGCUGAUGAUGAAGAUGUUGAUGAUAUUUAG